GAGAAGGAAGAAGAGAUUCCAAUCAAAUAAAAACCCUCACUAUGAAGUAAACACUCGUAGGCCCAAAAACACAACAGAACUUGUGUGCUUUUGGCGAUGUGUGGUUCCAGUUUCUCGGUGCCUCUUAAACCCCAAACCACUUCUUCUUAUCUUCUUCUUCUCCCUUCCUUCUCUGCUUUAUUUGCUUCUAUAGUUUAAGUGGUCGAGAAGCUUCCUCUUUGUUUGUCUCUUUAUGUCAUCAAAGGUUGCAUUUUUAUAUCUGAGUUUGGUCUUUUUCUGUCAAAAGGCUCAUUUAAAAAUCAUUACUUUCUUUUUUAAAAUCUCUUUGCUUUUUAGUUAGACAUGAAGUAAUUGGUAGUAUUGGUUUAAUCAAAGUCAAGUAAUGGAUGGUUCUUCAGAAUCUAACUCCAGAGGAUUAAACACCUCAGAGUUCUUACCAGCCGAGAGAAUCAUUGCAGACCGUUCUAAGUCCAGCUUCUCUCACAUUGGUUACGUCAGAAGCUUACUUGGUUCUUCACACAAAGAAGAAGACAGCUUCAGAGUUAAUUACGAUGAUGACUCUGGUGGUGUGAGAGCUUUGAAACGUGAAGAUGUUAGCUUGCGUCAGUGGCUAGACAAUCCCGAACGAUCGGUGGUGGAUGCGUUCGAGUGUUUUCAUGUUUUCAGACAAAUCGUCGAGAUUGUGAAUGCAGCACACUCUCAAGCCGUUGUUGUUCACAACGUUAGGCCUUCCUGUUUCGUUAUGUCUUCGUUCAACCGUGUUUCGUUUAUCGAAUCCGCUUCUUGUUCUGAUUCCGGGUCUGAUGAGGAAAGGCCAAAGGAAGCAGCAACAAGAAGAAGAAGAAAGUCUGGAGAGAUUGGUGGUUCGAGCAAAGAGGAGUUUCAACCUUUUCCUAUGAAAGAGAUCUUAGCAAGGGAGAUGAGAUGGUAUACAAGUCCUGAAGAAGAUACUGGUUCUCCUGGUAGUUAUGCUUCUGAUGUUUACCGUCUUGGUGUUCUUCUCUUUGAGCGGUUGUUGCAGCUGUUUUGCCCUGUUUCCUCCAGAGAAGAGAAGUCAAGAACCAUGUCUAGCUUAAGACAUCGUGUUCUUCCACCUCAAAUACUUCUCAACUGGCCUAAAGAAGCUUCUUUUUGCUUGUGGUUACUCCAUCCUGAACCUAGCUAUCGACCAUCCAUGAGUGAGUUGCUGAAAAGUGAGUUUAUCAAUGAACCAAGAGAGAGUUUGGAAGAACGUGAAGCUGCGAUAGAGCUUAGGGAAAGAAUCGAGGAACAGGAGUUACUUCUCGAGUUCUUGUUUCUGAUUCAACAAAGAAAGCAAGAAACCGCAGACAAGUUGCGUGAUACGGUCUCGCUUCUUUCUUCAGACAUUGAUCAAGUCCUAAAGAGGCAGCUGAGCUUGAAGCAAAAAGGAAACGACGUCCUUUCCUUCUUGAUCUCGAGAAAACGGAUCAGACAAGGAGCUGAGGGAGUUCCAGCAGACGAAAACGAGGACAAUACUCUAGAGAGCAGCACGCUUCUUGAAAGCUCUCGGUUAGUGAGAAACUUCAAGAAGCUGGAAUCAGUCUACUUUGCAACAAGAUACAGACAAAUCAAGGCUGAUAAACCGUUGGCCAGAUACUAUUCAGCGUUGAGUAGUAGUGAUGGUAAAAGUUCACUGACACAACAACCAUCUAAAAAAGAUCAGAAUGAUUCUAGACAAGGCGGUUGGAUUGAUCCAUUCCUAGAGGGUUUGUGCAAGUAUCUGACUUUCAGUAAGCUAAGAGUGAAAGCAGAUUUGAAGCAAGGAGACUUGCUGAACUCAGCUAACCUCGUUUGCGCGAUUGGGUUUGACCGUGACGGGGAGCUUUUCGCCACGGCUGGUGUCAACAAGAAAAUCAAGAUAUUUGAAUGCGAGUCCAUAAUAAACGAUGGCAGGGACAUUCACUACCCUGUGGUGGAACUAGCUAGCCGGUCUAAGCUAAGUGGUAUAUGUUGGAACAGCUACAUUAAGAGCCAGAUUGCAUCGAGUAACUUUGAAGGCGUGGUUCAGGUAUGGGAUGUUGCAAGAGGGCAGUUAGUUACAGAGAUGAAGGAGCAUGAGAAGCGUGUAUGGUCCAUUGAUAUAUCAACAGCAGAUCCAACAUUGUUAGCAAGUGGUAGUGAUGAUGGUUCUGUGAAGCUGUGGAGUAUCAAUCAGGGUGUCAGUAUUGGAACAAUUAAGACAAAGGCAAAUGUGUGUUGUGUCCAGUUUCCAUCAGACUCUGGUCGGUCUUUAGCAUUUGGUUCAGCAGACCACAGAGUUUACUACUAUGAUUUAAGGAACCCUAAGCUACCUCUCUGCACAAUGAUUGGUCACACCAAGACCGUAAGCAAUGUCAGGUUUGUAGAUUCAUCAACACUUGUGUCAUCUUCGACGGAUAACACUCUGAAGCUAUGGGACUUAUCGAUGUCUGUUUCUGGUGUUAAUGAAGCGCCUGUUCACUCAUUCAUGGGACACACUAAUCUAAAGAACUUUGUCGGUUUAUCGGUGUCUGAUGGCUAUCUAGCAACAGGCUCGGAGACUAAUGAGAUUUAUGUGUAUCACAAGGCGUUUCCAAUGCCGGUUUUGUCAUACAAGUUCGAAAAUAUAGACCCUGUGUCGGGGCUCCAAGUAGAAGAUGCCUCUCAGUUCAUAUCUUCGGUCUGCUGGCGCGGACAAUCUUCCACCUUAGUUGCGGCAAACUCCACCGGCAACAUCAAGAUCUUGGAGAUGGUAUGAACCACCACAUGUGACUCAGGGUUAAGUUAAAAUAAUAGUUUUCGGAGGUUUCUUAUUCUUGGUUUGAUUGGUAUAGGAAACAAUUUUGGGAGUGUGAGUAGAGUAAAAAUGGAAAACACUGUUGCUACUGUGUAAUUUGUGUAUAGAAGAAUAUAUGAUCUUUGUAUAAUGUAUAUAUAGAGUACUUGUUUUGAACC